UAUGGAAUUAUGGAUAUGCCACUGAGGUAGUGCUUAAAUACUUCUUUAUGGCAAUAAAAACUAAAAAGAAGAUCCAUGAGAAAAAUCAAAAACUUACGGUUCAUACCAAAAGUCUCAGACUCACGACCAUGUGCACUUUAGAGAAACACGGCAGCCUCUUUAUCCUAACACUUAUCGGCGACAAUCACGAGCACCGACUCGGCCCAUCUCUCAUCGACUGUCUCCUCUCCGCUCUCUCCCAAGUCAACUCCCAGGCCAUCAAUGGCGGCUCCGCCCUCAUCACAGUCGCUCACGGCAAAUUCUUCUGCAACGGCUUCGACGUCCCUUGGGGCCAAUCCGAUGCCCGCAGCCGCCUCCACCAGAUGGUCGAGUCCUUCAGAUCCGUCAUGUCUGCUCUCCUCUCCCUCCCCGUCCCAACCAUCGCCGCCGUCUCCGGCCACGCCGCCGCCGGCGGACUGGUCCUCGCGCUCGGCCACGACUACGUCCUUAUGAGGCGCGACCGCGGCUUUCUGUACAUGAGCGAGGUCGACCUAGCGAUUACCUUGCCAGACUACGUCGCGGCUCUGAUGAGGUCCAAGAUCGGAGGGUCGGCUGCUCGGCGCGACGUGUUGCUGAGAGGGAUGAAGGUGAAGGGAGAAGAGGCGGUGAGAAUGGGGAUUGUGGACUCGGCGGCGUACGAUAGCGAGGAGAGUGUUGUGGAGGCUGCGGUGCGCCUUGGGCAUAGGUUAGCGGAGAGGAAGUGGAAUGGUGAGGUGUAUGCGGAGAUUAGGAAGAGUUUGUAUCCUGAGAUUUGUGGUGUGCUUGGAUUGGUUUCGAAAACCAUUGUAGCAUCUUCUAAGCUUUGAUAAUCUUUGUAGUUUGUACCGUUAGUUCGUGUUCUAGUGUCCGUGCUUACCUAGAUUGUUAUCCAAAUUUGUAAAAAUUAUUGUUAACAUUUUGUGUUAAUAAUCUUUGUACCAUUUGGGUCUGUAUAUUCUCAAAAUAAAGCAAUGGAAAUGAUGCAUGAAUAGAUAGGUGUACGUGAGUUUGGAUUUAUGGGUCCUAGAGGCUGGUUACUGGUGGAGUGGAAAUUCCAAACCUGUAAAGUAAACAAAGAGCAAUGGUUAUCAGAUGCUGAGAACACCAAGUAAAGGUGGCUUGGUGUGUA